AUGGUCGAAGGAGCCCGAGCGGCGGCCUCCAGAGCCCAUGGGUCAAACGGCUCGGUGCGGCCCCCGUCCCCCAGCGCGGCCCCCACACUGCGCUCUUGGGCCCUGGGGCUGCUCAACACCCUGCGGCUGUCUGUGGAGCUGCUGCUGGCCCUGGCGGCCCUGCUCUCCUGGAUCACUGUGGGGGUGGUCAUGUUUGACUUUGUGGAGUAUAAAACUGUGCCUGACAUUCACCAAAUUGUAAGUGACCCUGUACAAGCCGUAAAUGACGCUGUUGAUGAAGUGACCAGUCUCGUAAAUAAAUUCCAAGAAUGUGCACCAGACUUAAGUGACCCAAUGGCUGCGGCCACAUAUGCGGCUGAGGAAGUAACGCAAGCCAAAGAUGGAUUUGUACAAUAUUUUUCGGAUGAGGAGGGAAUCUUCUAUCUGAGUUACGUGGACCCUGUGGCGAUUGGGCGACAAGCGUUCCACACCACAGAUGAGUUCAUGAGUGAGGUGGGGGACACUGUCCAGGGGAGCCUGUGUGCUGUGCUCGACUUCAUAGUGGGCACGGCUCAGGACAUACACAAAGGAACACUAGACAUAAGUUAUUUAGACCCAGUGGUGGUGGGCCGAGGAGUCUUCACUACGGCUAAUGACUCAAUGUCUGGAAUCAUGGCUUACAUCCAGGGGGCGCUCUGUUCCAUUGUGGACUGUCUUCUGGAUGUGGCCAAAGGUACGACCGACAUUAGCUUCAUAGAUCCUGUAGUGAUUGGACGGAGUGCUUUCACUGUAACCAAUGACGCCACAGAUGGAGUCCUGGGCUACAUUCAAGAUAAGCUGUGUUUCGUCAUCGACAGCAUUCUGGACAUCACCAAAGGAACCACCGACGUAAGCUUCAUGGAUCCUGUGGUCAUUGGAAGAAGUGUCUUCAGCACCGCUAAUGAUUUUAUGAGUGGAAUAGCUGCACACAUCCAGGGUUGGCUUUGCUCAGUCCUGGAUGUUAUUCUGGACACUGUUGGAGGUGUGAUGGAAGCUGUAGGAUUCAGCCCUUUGUCAGUUCUGAAGACAACUGCGGACGUCACCAAAGAACAAGUGAACAUGCUCACCGACUACAUCUCCACAAAUGUCGUGGGCGAACAAGGGAUUCUGCCUGAGGUCUCUGUGGAGCCCAUGAAGGUGGUUGAAGACGUCGUGUUAGAAGCCUCCGAAACCAAAGACGCUUUUGUGGCUUACAUGUCCAGCAUGUUUGUUGGCGAACAAGCGCAGGAACCAGCGGAAAAGCAAGAAAAACAGACACCCACCGAAGAUGAAAAGGUGGAGGAAACUACAAUCACUGAGGAAGAGAAGGAGAAAGAGGAGGCGACAACUGAAGCUGAGGAAGAAGAGGAGGAAGAGGAAACAACAACUGAAGCUGAAGAAGAAGAGGCUGAGAAGGAUGAAGCUGAAAUAACUUCUGAGGACGAGGAGGAGGAAGAAACCCUCAAAGAAGAAAAGGCGGAUGAAAUAACAACCGCUGAUGAAGACGAGCAGGAGAUAGCCAAAGAAGAGGAGGAAGAGGAUGAGGAGGAAAUAACAUCUUUAGAGGAGGACGAGGAAGACAAAGCAGAUGCAGAGGAGGAAGAGGACGCAGAUGACGCAACUGUGGACGAGGAGGAAGAAGAAACAAUAACAUCGGAAGCAGAGGAGGAGGAAGCUAAAGCAGAUGCAGAGGAGAAAAAGGAGGAGGAAGAAGAUGCUGCACCUGUUGACGAAGAAGAAGAAGAAGAGAAAAUAACAUUUGAAGAGGAGCAGGAGGAGGACGAAGCAGAUGCAGAGGAGGACGAGGAAGAGGAAGCUGCACCCGCGGUCGAGGAUGAAGAAGAUACUAUAACAUCUGAAGAGGAGGAAGACAAAGCAGAUGCUGACGAAGAGGAGGAGGAGACAGCUGAAGCCACAUCUGAGGAGGAAGAAGAAAUGACAACAUCUGAGAACGAGACGGAGGCUGCACUUGUGGAGGAAGGGGUGGAGGAUGAGGAAGAUGCUGUUCCCGAAGCUGAGAUAGAAGGAAAAUCACCUGUGGAGGAAGAGGAGACCGACGAGGAGGCACGAAGGGCUGACAUCAUUGAACUGUCACUAGUGAAGGAGGAAGAGGAUGUAGCAACUGGAGAAGAUGAGGAGACAGUGAUGGCCGACACAGUGAAACCCUUGACAGCUGAGGAGGAAGAAGACGAAGAGACAGGAGAGGCUGGCACUGUAGAGUCAUCACCAGUGGAGGAGGAGGGCGAGGAGGAACCGGGGGCUGAGGAUUUGGAUGAGGAAGAGGAGAAAGAGAUUGGAGAACUGACUGCAGGAGAAGAAGAAGAAGAAGAAGCUGAAGUGACAGUGGAACAUGUUUCAGAUGUGAAGCCGCAGAACAUCAGUGCCCAGGAUGAAGAGGAAGAGGAAGAAGCAGCUCCGGUCCUCAACGGAGCAGUAGAGCAUGAGGACUUCUCGGACACAGUUGACGAUCAUGACGAGAAUAAUAACAACAGCGAAAAACUCAAGUCUGAACCAGGGAGGAAGAGUAGGAUGCACAUCCCCUUCCACAGGCGACGUAGAGAGGCUCGCAAGGAGAAACACUUAGAGGGUCGACUCGAUGAAGAUAAGGAGUUAGAGGUCUCUGAAGACAAACCUGAAUCUUUGCUGAAAAGGAAGAAAGAAGCUAAGCCAAAGGGUAAAUUAGAAGACAAACCAUCCAAGAAAGGUCUCAAAGAAAAGAAAGCCAAAAAAGACCUCACUGAAAAGGACAAGGAGGCCACAAAAGUGACACCCCAAAGUCCUGAGGAACCCAAAGAACAUCUACCUACGGAAACAAAAGUCAAGAAAGAGGAAUCCUCAAAAGAUGAGCGAGAAAAGGAGGACAAGAAAUUGUCUCAAAAAAUCAAACUAAUAUGGAGACUAUUGAAAGACAAGAAACAACCUAAAAAAGAGAAAGAGGAAAAGAAGCCCUCUAAAGCCAAGGAGGGGAAAAAAGAGGAUGUCCAGAUUCCCAAAGAAGAAAAACUAACAAAGGAACCAUCUGAGGAGAGGAGGGUUAAGAAGGCUGCCAAAGAAGAGGGGGAGCUUCUUAAAAAAGUUGAAAAACCAAUAAUCCCAACAGAAGAAAAGGAGGACAAAUUGGAAAAAGAAAUAUCAGAAGACAAAACUGAGAAAAAGAAGCAUCAGAAAGAAGACAAAUUAGUCACCAAAGUAAAAAAAGAAAAGGCAGAAAAGAAGGCACCCAAAGUGGAGGCCCAGGUCAAAGUUUUGAAAGAACCAGAAGAACACCCAAAAGAACACAAGGAAAAGGAGAAGGCAAAGAAACCAAAAACUGAAAAGGAGGAAAAAUCAAAGGCUCUAAGUAAAGAAAAAGAUGAGACAGAAGCUCUUGAAAAAGAGUCAAAAAAGACUAAGAAGCCCAAACAAGAAAAUAAAUCUAUAAAAGAGAAAAGGGUACAAAAAAGGAUUCUAAAAGAGUUCAAAAACAUAACAGCUCCUGCAGAAGAAGUGCUGCUGGAUGAGAAGAAGAAGGACAAGAAGCUUCCAAAGGCAAAAGAACAAACAGUUGCGGAGGAGAUAAAACUUGUCAAAGAAAAGCCCAAAGAGUCUCUCAAGGCAAAAGAACUGGACAAGAAGCCUCCUAAAGAGGAAAUCCAUCUUGCAACAGCUAAAGGAAAAGAACCUCCCACAAAAGUGACAAAGACAUCUAAAGAAAAGCAGGAGAAAGACAUCAAAGUAUCCAAAGAUAAAGGACCACAAGAGAAAUCUGAAAAAGAAACACCAAAAGGGCGCACCAAAGAAUCAAAGAUUCCAAAGGUGAAGGCUUUAAAAGAGAAACUGUCUUUAGAUAAGGAAGAAAUCACACCUGCCAAAGUCAAAGAUAAGGCACCAGAGGACAAGAAAGAAGUCCCGGAGGUUCCUACGGUGAAAGAGACAAGGCCUCAAGACAUUAAGCCACAGAAAAUGAAACCAAAAGAAAGGAAAGAAACCAAAGAGGUCAAAAAGAUUUCCAAAGAAGAUAUGAAAACAGCCAAAGAGAAAUCAGAGGAACCAAAGAAAAAGGUUAAGGAGGAACUUCUCAAAGACAUCGAACUGAAAAAGGAGACCAAAGAAAAGAUUAAAGCAAAGGAAGAAGCACCUAAAAAUAUCUCCCAAGAUCAAAAGCAAUCCAAAGAACCGAAACCCGACAAGGAGAAACCCAAAGAGAAGACUAAAGUUGAGGAGUCUCCUGAAGUUCAAAAAGUUCAAAAAGAAGAUAUCAAGAAACCGAAAGAAAAGAAAUUCCUUCAUAAACAUAAAAAGAUAGAUGAGGAGAAACCCAAACUGAAGAAAACCGAGGAAUCUCUCAAACUUGAAGAGAAAGAACUUUUUAAAAAUGUUACAGAGGAAAUCAAAGAGAAGAAAGUUCUUCUCAAGCAAAAGAAGAUAGAAAAGGAAAAACCCAAGGAGGAUAAAGAACCUCCCAAUUAUAUCAAAGACAAAUCCAAGAAACCUCAAGAGAAGGAUGAGCUGAAAAAGGACACUCCAAAAGAAGUUGAAAUAACAACCAAAGUCAAGAAGGAAACCAAGGAUCAACUUGAAAAGAAACCAGUGGCAGAAAAGAAGGAGGUGAAGGUUUCUGAAGACAAGAAAGAGAAAUCCAAAGAUGAGGUAAAGAAACCCAAAGAAACAAAGGAGGUAAAGAAAGACCCAAAAGAUAAAAAGGACCAAGAAAUUCCAAAAGAGAAAGACAUGAAACCUGCAAAAAUGGAUAAGCCUGAAAAACCACCAGUUGACAAAAAGGAGUUGGAGGUUCCUAAAGACAAAAAAGACACGGAAUCUACCAAAGAUGUCAAAAAAGAAAAAGAGAAGCCAAAAGAAGCAAAAGAUAUCAAGAAAGCCCCAAAAGAUAAAAAGGAUAAAGAGCUUCCAAAAGAGAAAGCCAUUAAACCUGCAAAAGUAGAUAAGCCUGAAGAGCUACCAGUUUACAAAAAGGAGUUGAAGAUUCUUAAAGACAAGGCAGAUAAGGAACCUACUAAAGAUGCGCAGAAAGAAAAAGAGAAACCAAAAGAAGCAAAAGAGGUAAAGAAAGCCCCCAAAGAUAAAAAGGACAAAGAGCUUCUAAAAGAGAAAGACCUCAAACCAGAAAAAAUGGAUAAGCCCAAAAAGCAACCAGUUGACAAAAAGGAGUUGGAGGUUCCUAAAGACAAGAAAGAUAAGGAACCUACUAAAGAAGCCAAGAAAGCCCCCAAAGACCAAAAGGACAAAGAACUUCCAAAAGAAGAGAAAGAAAUCAAACCCACCAAAGACGACAAAGUAGAAAAAAAGAAACCUAAAGAUACAAAAGAGGUAAAGAAAGCACCCAAAGACCAAAAGGACAAAGAACUCCCAAAAGAAGAGAAAGAAAUCCAACCUGGCAAAAUAGAAACAAUUGAAAAGGAACCCACCAAAGACACCAAAGAAGAAAAAAAGAAACUCAAAGAAACGAAAGAGGUAAAGAAAGCCCUCAAAGAUAAAAAGGACAAAGAUCACCCAGAAGAAGAGAAAGAAAUAAGACCUGCAAAGAUAGAAAAGAUUUCCGAAAAGAAACCAGUUGACAAAAAGGAGGUGAAGAUUCCUGAAGUCAAGAAAGAGAAGCAACUUACCAAAGAUGUCAACGAAGAAAAGGUAAAACCCAAAGAGAAGAAACGGGUGGAAAAACCUGAAGAUGAGAUUAAACCAAUCAAAGAAGAGAAAGAAAAGAAACCAAAGCUUCUCAAAGAGAAAGAAGAACCAAAACAUCCAAUAGAGGACAAAAUUCCUAAAAAGGAAAAGAUUGAAAAGAAGGAACCUCCGAAAGCAGAGAAAGAAGAUAAGAAACCUCCAAAAGAAGACCUUCUGAAAGCUGACAAGGAGAAGAAACCCAAAGAGAAAGACAUCCCCAAAGAAUCUCAUAAAGAGGAGAAGAAGAAAAUCAAGGAAUUGGAAACUCCCAAAGUUAAGCCUGUGGAAGAAGUGGUGAUGAAACUGCCAAAAGAAAAGAAGGAAACGUCUAAAGAGAAAGAAGAAAUUUCAGCAGAAGUUAAAGAGGUCCUCAAAGACAAGAAAGAGAAAAAAGCAGUGAAGGUCAGUCCACCUACUGAAGAAAAACUCAAGAAGCCUUCCAUAGACAAAGUAGAAUUACCAAAAGAAGAGGAGAAACUGCCCAAGGAAAAGAAGGCAGCCGUUCCAUCACCCAAAGAAGAGAAAGAAGUGAAGAAACCUGUCAAGGAAACUGAAAAAGUCAAACAAGCGGAAGAAGGCACGGAGUCCAAAAAGACUGAAGACGUUUCAAAGCGGAGGAUAGUGCGCAAGAUUCAGGUAGUGAAGAAGGAGGUUGCAUCUGUGAUGAAGAAGGAACACCUAAACGUCACAAAAACAGAAAUCAAAUCUCCAAAAGAUCAACUUAAAGCUGUCCCAGUGAAACCAGAAUCUGUUUCCAAAAAGAUCAAACUACAGAUCCCUGUAGUUAAAGAAACAGAAUCUCCCGCCAAAAACGCAUCCCUGACGAAAGAAAAAGUGAAGCUACAGCCCAUGAAGAUGAAAGCUGAUAUCACACCUGCGCCCAUCAGGAAAGUGCUAAGGGGACAGCCCCGGCCGGUCCGUUUACGGAAAGAAGUGGAAGCUCUUCAGGAGAAAGAAAAAUCUCCAGUUAAGAAAGAUCGUGUGAAACGUCUAUUAGCUGAUCUGAAACGAGAAAAACUAAUAGAUAAAAAGAAAGCGCAGUUUAAAGAAGAAAAGGCUCUCAAAGACAAAGCUGAGGCUGCAAAGAGAGCGCCCAAAGAAGUACCAAAAGCUGCAGAGAGCGUCACGGUAGAUGAAGAACUGCCCUACUUCCAGUGCUUCUUUGUGGACGAGGACGAGGCCCAGUUCCCCUUCUACUCCUUCUCCCCGCUAGUGUUCUGA